UCUUUUGUAAGCGACUAAGACAUCAACACAGGCUCUCAUCAUGUUUGCUGGUCUAUUGGCUGCUGUUUUGUCUGUCAACAUUCUCCUCUGCUCUAGCCAAGUCCCGUCCAAGCAACGUAAACCGAAAUUGUGCGAAAAGAGUUAUAUGUCUAAAGAUUUGCCAGAAAGAGCUGUUAUGGCUUCAACCUCAGGAUAUGUCAAUUUAUGCGACACCAAAACUGAUGGUGGUGGAUGGAUUCUGAUCAUGCGCCGUUGUGUCGGGGAUGUAAGCUUUGCAAGACCUUGGUCCGAUUACAGUAACGGAUUUGGCACCUAUGAAGGUGACUUUUGGCAAGGAUUGGAACAACUACACUUGUUAACAAACAGCGGAGAGUGGGAGUUAAGAGUGGACAUGAAGUUUGAAGGCGAAAAUUACUACGCCAGCUACAAAAGGUUUAAGGUCGAUAACCAACUCAAUUUCUACACGCUUCGUGUUGGACAGUACUAUGGAGACGCCAAGGAUAAUCUCAGUUAUCACAAUGGCAUGAGGUUCUCCACAUCAGACAGCAAAAGCGCCACAUCAUGUAACAAAGCCUACAGUGGGGGUUGGUGGUUCAACUUUUGUCACAAUGCCUAUCUGACCGGUGUAUGGCGCUCGAGAGAAUGGGGAAAAGGAAUCCAUUGGGAUGCCGUGUCCACAGGAAGCAAAAAUCUCGAUUGGGCGGAAAUGAAAAUCCGAAGACUGUUCUAAAUUGUCAGUGUCCUCAAUGUCACAUUUUUUUAAGCUACAGUACAUCAAACUUCGUUAAAGUAUCUUAACUCUUGAACCCCUUCCCACCAAUACCCAAUUUCCUCCCCUGCCCCGCCUCCCCCCACCAGAGGCGUAGCGACCCUUCCCGGGGACAAACUUUUCGAUUUGCACCCUCCAUCAAACUUUCG